ACUACUACACUUCUUUCCUUUCUUGUUUCGUGUUGGCCCUACUAAGAUAUAACAGUCAGUGCAUGAAUCGAUAUCUCUUGAGAAGAAGCUUCACUCGUAGCACGUAUUUGACUGUCCUGAUAUAGUGUUAUCUCUCAAUCGAGGACACCAGACGUUGUUUGUAACAGGAAAGCUUCUACUUGAUGUUAUUGCUGUUAGAACUAUUUAACCACAGGUUAAAACAUGAUCCAGUUCACCGACUAACAAAAGUAUUCCUGUCAAGACCAACUCGUCUUUUGCUUGGGUCUCCUGAAAAAUCUGAAACAUGAAAGCGAACGAUGGAUUAACGUUAUGGCUAGUGGUCAUUCAGCUGUUGGUUGUUCUGAAAACAGGUUUUGUAAGCGGUGUAUGCGACAUACCAUCAUCGACGAUUCUGCUUACUGAGAAUGUCCCUAAAGAUACAGUUGUUGCCAAUUUGACUACCGACAACUGGAGUUUCUCAAACUCUACUCCCUUUGGUUACAUAACCCUUCAAAAUAACACUUUUGGUUAUUUUUAUCUAAAGACUGCAAAAGUAAUCGACGUGGAAGAGAUGAAACGCACAAUGAUCAAGGUUGUUUUAAUAUGUAACGGAGAAAAAAUAAUAACAUUCCCCGUGACUGAACGAAACGAAUAUCCACCACUUUUCACUAAUACUUCAUACACAAUUCAAGUAAAAGAGGCAAGUAAUCAAUGAAGAUUUCUGUAUUUU